AUGCAUUGUUUGUAAGCAAUCGGGGCAAGAAUCACGUUUCAGUCUCCUUCAAGCUGUCAGUGGCUAAUAUUCAACCGUCUUGAAUUAAUCCAAGUAAAGGUAUAUUUUAAAAAUAUAUAUAUUCUGUACGUCGAAACAAGUUUCUUCUGUAUUCUAUUCGAGAGUGAAGUGUUUGUAUUGUACAAAAGUACAGCGUAACAAGAAAUCUUCCUUAAAUCAUUAGAAGAAAUUGGAUAGCAGUUGUUAAGUUUUCAAGGUUUGCAACAUUUAUUUGAAAAUUUUACUUGAAGCUUUGUUUAGUUUGUUUUAUAAAAUCUUUUUGUAUCUCCCUUAUUAGAAUGUCACAGAGAAGCUCGAAAAGAAUUCCAUCCUCUAAUGGCUUAACUGAUUCAGACAGUGAUUCAGAUAAUGAAAAUCAAAUUAAUGUAAUACGACACAGAAAUAGAAGAGCUAUAUGUAGUACUUCUGAAUCAGAAGCUGAACAGAUUGAAACCCAUGACAAUAACUCUGAAGUAUGGACAUUCGUCCCCAAAAUAUAUAAGUUUGCGAUAGCGGAUUCAAGAAUUAAAAGAAAUAUUAAUAGAUCCACAAAAAUCUUAGAACUUUUUCCAACUUUUACUUUCUGAAGAGCUCGUAGAGUUGAUUGCAAGGGAAACUAAUCAAUAUUGGUCUCGAAAGAGUAAUAAUAACGUAAAUAUGUCAGAUGGAACAGGACUAG